AUGCAACCAUGGCAGCGCCCGGCUCAAGGUCUUUGCCUUCGUUGCGCUCUGCGCGCGCCAACCACUUUAACAGGCCGGAGCUUCAGCGGAUCCGCACACCAGAACAGGGCUAGGAUAACGGCGUUGAAUAGGCCACUGGAUCAGCUUAACUUUGACUGGGCAGGCGGUAGGAAGGGUAAAAAUGACCAAAAAAAGGGCAAAGACCUCAAGCCCUGGAAGACCCAAGGCACAGGUACCAAGAUAAGAAAAGUCACUCAUGUUACCUUUGAUGAACGGUUCCAAUCCGCAUUACUGGAGUCUUCGGAUGUCGUCAGGAAAGAGCUCGAACAAACAAAGACAGAACUCGCCCUCUGGGAUAAUUUUUUUACCUCUAUCGUGCAGGCUUGCAAGAGCUCUCUGAUUGAUGACGGUGAUGAAGCCCAUUUUGGGCAGAGAUUCACAUUGCGGCGGACAUUCGGGAAGAUGGGACGUGAAGGAAUUGUGGACUAUUUGAGAAGGCAAUACCGGAACCAUAAGCUCGACACAGCGUUCUCUUCCACUGCCACUAAGACCGACUCGCUGGCGGACUUCAGGUACCCAGCCGAAUGGUACCCCGUUGCCCGAAGUAUGCAGAGGAAGAUACAUCUACAUGUUGGGCCCACCAAUUCAGGGAAAACAUACCAUGCUUUGCAACGACUGGAGAAAGCAAAAAGUGGCUUCUACGGUGGUCCGUUACGUCUAUUAGCGCAUGAGAUUUACAGUCGCCUUAACAAGAAGGGCAUAUCAUGUGCUCUUAUCACGGGCGAUGAAGUCAGGGUGCCAGAAAGUGGCCCCGUUAAGGUUUACAGCAACACAGUUGAGAUGGUACCAAUCGGCCAAGAGGUAGAAGUCGGGGUAAUUGAUGAAAUCCAGAUGAUAGCUGACCCACAUCGAGGAUGGGCCUGGACAAGAGCUGUCCUAGGAUGUCAGGCCCAGGAACUACACCUUUGCGGCGAAGAGAGAGCUGUUCCGCUUAUUCGACGCCUUGUCUCACUGAUGGGUGAUACCCUUGAGAUUCAUAAUUAUAAACGCCUAAAUCCUCUGAAGACAAUGGCAUCAAGUUUAAAGGGUGAUAUCAGACGUCUAGAAAAGGGAGACUGCAUCGUCGCUUUCUCUAGGGUUGGGAUUCAUUCCUUGAAACAGGAAAUUGAAAAGACAACAGGGCGUAGAGCGGCAAUCGUUUACGGAAGCUUGCCAGCAGAGAUUCGUGCUCAGCAAGCUGACCUAUUUAAUGACCCAAAUAAUGACUACGACUUCCUUGUCGCGAGUGAUGCUAUUGGCAUGGGUUUGAACCUGAGCUGCAAACGAAUUAUUUUUGAGUCAGUGAUAAAAAGGCUACCUACUGGCAUCCAGCGACUCUCCAUAUCUGAGGUCAAACAGAUAGGCGGGCGAGCAGGACGAUACCGCAGUGCAGCUCAAUCAUCGAACUCCACAAAUGUUAAUGAGAAGGAAAACGUUGGCCUUGUCACUUGCCUUGAUGAGGCAGAUCUUCCUUAUAUUCGAGCAGCCAUGAUGGCCGAGGCCGAACCUUUGGAUGCAGCUGGAAUUCUUCCAUUAGAUUCUGUGAUUGACAGCUACUCCAACAUGUUCCCCCCGGAUACCCCAUUCGGCUAUAUUUACCAGCGCCUAGAGCGUGUAUCACGUACUGAUUCGCCGUUUUUCAUGUGCAAAAUCCAAGACACCGAGGCGACCUUUGGUCUCCUUGAUAACAUCCAAGGACUAAAUGUCAUCGAUAAAAUGGUUUUUAUGAGCGCUCCAUUACGUGCUACUGACCCAGUGAUGGCACGAGUUAUCAAAGCAUUUGCAGAAUGUGUGGGCCAGCAGAAGAGUGGAAGGUUACUUGAUAUCCCGGAAUUGGAUCUUGAGAUUCUGGAUAAACCUGUCUCAGGUGAUGACAAGGAAUACUUGCGGUCACUAGAGGCCCUCCAUCGCUCUCUCAUUCUCUAUCUCUGGCUUGGCUACAGAUUUGGUGGCGUGUUCACGGAUCGGACGCUAGCUACGCAUGCUAAAGAGAUGGCAGAAGUGAAAAUGGAUCGUACCCUCACCGAAUUCUCAGCGAAUUCGAAACUUCGGAAACAAGCACUUCGGAAAAAACGAAUCAAGGGGGCUAAGGACAAAUUCCUCGCUAAUACAGAACCAACAGGUGUCACCGACACGAUUUCCGAUAUUCCCGAACUUGAAGAUACUCUUUCCGAUGAGGACAAUCUGGAAGCUGAAUAUGCUGACUCUGUUCUGAAAGGUAAUCGUGUAAGGGUACCUGUACCUUCCGCACAGCAUGCUUCGGUCGCUAUACCAUAA